GGCAGGUGGAAGUUUUCUCAGAUUCUUGUCCUUGUACCACUAAAAUCAUCCCUAAUUAAAGAUGCAUCCAGACCUGUCUCCUCAUCUGCACACUGAAGAAUGUAACCUCGUUAUCAGUCUGCUCAAGAAGUGUCACAAGGAGCACAACAUUUUGAAAUUUUUUGGCCAUUGCAAUGAUAUUGACCGUGAGAUGCGGAAGUGCUUAAAGAAAGAGUAUGAAGAAAAAAGGGCCAGGAACCGGGAGAUGCGACGGAAGCUAAUUAAUGCUCACAAAGUCGCCGAGAAGUGAGCUGUGCUGUCGUUGGACAGCUUCAUCUCAACAGGGACACUCAGCUGAAAGCUGACAGUACUUCUUUCCCAUCACCAUGCUCAACCUGUGGCUUAUGAAAUGGUCAAAAAAUAAACGCACCUAAUGCGUACUCAUUCCCUGCAAGGCAAACAACAAGGAAAGAAAUAAAUAUAGUACAUGAUCAC